AUGUAUGAGGCCGUUGCCACGGCCACUGCUGCUGCUGCUGCUGACGUGAUGGCUACAGAGGAGGAGGAGGAGGAGGAGGAGGAGGAGGAGGAGGAGGAGGAGGAGGAGGAGGAGGAGGAGGAGGAGGAGGAGGAGGAGGAGGAGGAGGAGGAGGAGGAGGAGGAGGAGGAGGAGGAGGGCUGUACAGCAGGAGUUGCUGCGCUUUGUCCUGCUUCUCCUGUUCCACCAUCAGCAAUACCUCCCUCUGCUGCCACCCAUGCCAACGAGUCACCUAGAUUGCCAGAGUGA